AUGGAAGGCUACACUGACACUGACUCUGUCACGCCACUACUCUCUCAAAUCCUACCUUUUUCUUCUUCUUCUUCUUCUCUUCACCCUUCUUCUGUUGACCCUUCUUCAACCAUUGCUGAAACGGGUAACAACACCACCUCCAAAAAGCGUGAUCGACAAUUGGGUCAUAGCAAUUGCGAGAUCCUCAAGAUGGAACGAGAACGAAGGUCCAAGAUGACUCAAAUGUUCACUCAGCUUAGAACCACUGUCCCUGGUCUCUUUCCUCAGGCCACAAGGGAAGUGAUCAUCAACGAAACAAUUGAGUACAUUAAGGAACUUGAGAAGAAGAAGCAAAGGUUGGAGGAGCUCAAGGAAUCAAUGAAAGAAGAACAAGGGAGAUCCAUGCUUCCAUGUGCUAACAAUAGGAAUUGUUCCAUCACGGUUACUGUUUCUAGCAAUGUGGCAUUCUUUGGUAUUCAAUCUGUGGCACGACCCGGUUUGAUCACAAUAAUUUUAAAGCUGUUCUCCAAGCACCAAGCUGAGAUUUUAGCUGCAAAUGUCUCAGUUAAUAACGGGAAAUUGAUAUUAGCAAUCACGGCUUUGGUACACAAUGGUGGUGACGGAAACAGUGACAUUGAAAAUAUAAAGAAAGAUAUCAUGAGUUUGCAGGUUUAA